AUGGCUGCAGCAGAAGAGGUGAAAAAGGGUUCCGAGCUACCCGCAGCAGUGAAAAAGGUCUUGGAGCAGUACAAAGACAUCAUGCCCGACGACCUACCUGCAGGCGUACCUCCUGCACGCACCCACGAGCACGAGAUCGUGGAGGAACCAGGUGCGAAACCCGUCUCCCGUGCACCUUACAGACCGAGUCCGACCGAACUGACAGACAUGAAGAAACAGAUCGAGUAUUUACUGGACAGACAACUGAUCCGCCCAUCCACCUCUCCCUACGGAGCACCAGUUCUCUUCACCCCAAAACCAGACGGCAGUCUACGGAUGUGCAUCGACUACCGCGCACUGAACAAACAGACAGUUAAAAACAAAUAUCCCAUACCGCGCAUCGACGACUUACUGGACCAACUGCGUGGUGCAACAGUCUUCUCGAAGCUGGACCUACGGUCGGGUUACUGGCAGAUCAAGAUGGCGGACAACUCAAUCCACAAGACGGCGUUCCGUACGAGAUACGGCUCCUACGAAUACUUGGUGAUGCCGUUCGGACUCUGCAACGCACCAGCAACGUUCCAGGCAGAGAUGAACCAUAUUCUACGGCCCCUGCUGGACGAGUGCGUAGUGGUGUACCUGGACGACAUUCUCAUCUACUCCAAGAACAUGAAAGAGCACGUGGAGCAUCUGCGGAAGGUGUUCGAGAUCCUGCGGAAAAAUAAGUUCUACGUGAAGCUGUCAAAGAGCGACUUCGCACUGGAGAAGGUGCAGUUUCUCGGGCACAUGGUGAGUGCCAAGGGCGUACACGUGGACCCGCGGAAAAUCGAAGCCGUUAAAAAGUGGAAGGUUCCAGACAACGUGAAGGAGUUGCAGCAGUUCCGCAUUACGCUAAAAUAG